AACUGUUACAGAAAAUAUAAGCAGCAUUUUAAUGACAACCGGAAAUGACACCAAAUCACAACAGUUACCAAUGGAAGCAGUGGUACUGGUCAGCUCAGUAUGGAGUCUGAUCAUAGUAACAGGUGCCAUUGGCAACGGACUUGUACUCUAUAUAUUGUUUCGAUUCGGUGAGUGGUCUGUAACGAACGUAUACGUCAUCAACCUCGCCUUCGCUGAUUUGAUGUUUAUUAUAUUUGUGGUACCUGCAACACUGAUUCACAUCGUUAUACCAACCUGGAUUCUAGGAGAUGCUGUCUGCAAGCUGUCAACUUAUAUGAUAUAUGUGCCUUUACAUGCAACUUGUUUGACCUUGUCAGCCAUGACAAUAGAUAGAUACCAUGCAAUAGUCAAUCCAAUACGAUCGAUGAACUGGAGAUCUGCGAAAGUUUCAUCAUUUAUAAGCCUAGGAGUAUGGGCAGUGUCAAUCAGCAUAUCACUACCAUUCUUCCUGUUCCCAAGAGUUAUAGAGCGUGAUGGAAAUGAGGGAAUUUUAGACUGUGCCGUCAUGUGGCCAAGUCCAGAAUGGAUUAAAGCUACCACAUUAGCAGUUGUCAUGACAACGUUUUUUAUUCCAAUGACAGCUAUAACAAUAUGUUAUGGGUGUAUUUUGCAACAUCUCUGGAAGGGAAAUAAAAUGAAACGAGCAAAGCCCGAGAAUGAAGCUGCACUACCAAUCAAAAAUGACAAACAUGAAAGGCAACUUCGACGUAAAAAACGAGUAACGAGAAUGGUGGCUAUAGUAGUAUUCUUGUUUGCUUUGUGCUGGUUUCCCAUACACUUGAUUGCACUUUGGAUACAGUUCGAUCCGAACUUUCCUAGAACAGAUGCAAUGCAUUAUGUUAAAUUAUUUGGUCACACACUCUCUUAUGCUAAUUCUUGUGUCAAUCCAUUCGUUUACGCAUUCGUAAACGAGGGAUUUAAACAGGCGAUUAUCAAAAGAUCACCUUUAAUCACAAAACUAUGUAAAUGUGUGUUAGAAGAAAAACAGAAGAAGGACAACAGAAAUAUGAUAGACAAGUCAGUUGGUACACGACCUAAUAUUGAGGGUCAAACAGAACUACAGACGAUACAAAAUACUGUCUAA